CAUACCAUAGAAUAAAGAUUAGAUUGGUUUCAUACCUUUGUAGUUUGURAACUUUUAAUUUAAUAUUUAAUUUGUCUGCUGUAGAUAAUUAAAAAAAUAAAAAGUAUCGUGCUUUUCUGUUUCCUUACUCAAGUACUUAAUUAAUUUCCUUUAGAUUUUUGCCUUAUUAACAAUGGCUCUAAACUACAGUUCCAUCGAUGAUGAUGAUGCCUUUUCGUUCAGGAAUCUUGAAAGAAAUGCAAAACUUGAAAAAAUGGGGCUCAAAAUGCCAAGUUUUCGUAAAACUGGUACCACAAUUGUGGGAGUAACUACUCGUGAUUGCGUUAUUUUGGCUGCUGAUACACGUGCUACAUCCGACACAAUAGUAAUGGAAAAAAAUUGUGAAAAAAUCCAUUAUAUUGGCAAAUAYAUGCAUUGCUGUGGUGCUGGUACAGCAGCAGACACAAUGCAAGUUACUCGUAUGGUGUCUGCCAAUGUUUCUUUGCAAGCAUUUAAGUUUCCUGAUGAAAUGGUUCCUGUUGCAUUUGCUGCUAGGUCUCUCCGUCAGUAUCUCUUCAAGUACAUGGGAUAUGUUUCAGCCGCUUUAAUUUUAGGUGGCAUAGAUAACAGUGGCGCACAUUUAUACUCAAUUUAUCCACAUGGUUCAAUUGAUAAAUUACCAUAUAUAUCUAUGGGAUCAGGAAGUAUGGCAGCCAUUUCAGAACUUGAAAGCCGCUGGAAUGAAAAUCUAACAGAAGAAGAAGGAAUGAAACUGGCAUGUGAUGCUAUUUUGGGUGGUGUAUUUAAUGAU